UCCCACCUGUUUCCUUUGGUAUAGGUCAACUUGACAGUUGAGAGAAGGAUCAACCAAAUAGUUAAAGUGGAUUUUAAAUAAACAUCAUGAUAGAGAUUACCUGAGCCCCCAAACCAGCUGGUUGCACUGCAGGUGUUAAGAAAGUAAUGGAACGUAGUGGGAUGAUAAUUACGUGCAUGGUUUUGCAAAAGAGAUAAAGACACACCCACGCAUGGCUGAAAUAGAUGUCUCUACUGUCCGAAAAGGAGGAGACGGGGCGACAUUUGAGGGAUGGCUAGACAACUUCUCCCCCGACGUAGAACGUGCCGGGAAAGAGCUCUCGCAAUGCUUGAGGAAUCCGCAGAUCAGAGCCAUUUGUGUCAGGGGGUAUGAAGGUUUAGGAAGUUGGAGGAUCGUGGAGUAUGCAGAUCGAAAGUUGAAGGGAUCUGAUCUCUUCGAUGUGCAGAUAAUUGUAAAGCUGCCAAAAGAGGAAUGGAGUCCUCGAAAUGUGCAGAGGGAAAUUGCAAACCGCUUGGGGAUAAAGGAGGGUGACGAUGAAGACGGUGAUGUUAAAAAGGAUGUACAGAGGGAAGUCUCGUUUGAAAUCGAUGAAUCGCUCAAGGGAAAGAGGUUCUUGUUAAUACUAGGAGAUGCGACUCGACGCAUUUAUUUAGACGAUGUGGGUGUUGCAAAUAUUAGAAAUACAAAGGUUGUAUACGUUAGCUCCGAAAGGUUGGAAUCGGAGGAGAUCAUUGAAUUUCAAGACUUUUCCAUAGAUGUGUUACGAGAGGAGGCAGUUACUGUCUCUUCUUCUCCCACCAUCGCUGCCUGUUUCACUCCCCAUGUUGUCCUUGACUGCUUCUUCUACCUCCUGUUAUUUUCAGUAGAUUUCAGAAGGGGUUUUAAAAUGGUAUUGCCGACAAGGUAUUGGAUUGCAGAGGGAAUUAUGGUUAUCAGAGACGGAAUUCAAGAAGAAGAGGAUUUGAUCAUAUUGGAAAAGAAGGUAUAUGCUCUGCUUAUAGAGCUCAAGGCUCGGUACAUGGUAGAGCAAGUGGAUGAUGAUGUGAGGGUGCCCCAACGUUUAGCUGAAAAAGCUAAAGAUAUGGUCAUGUCGAGUAACAGAAUAGCUUCAACUCAUGGCAAAUUCUGGAUCCAUGAUUAUUCCCUACCGACAGAGAACAUUGGCGAUUGGGAAGACAUUCAGAGGAUGGCGAUAUGGAAUCUACGAUUUAGUGAUCACCUCCCUCUUACUCUUAAAUUCCCCAAACUCUCCACUCUACUGCUCGAAGGACCCGGUGAUCCUACUACCCUUCCAAACAACUUUGUCUUCGAGCAAAUGCAAGGCCUUCGGGUCCUCAUCCUCUCUUGGUUAGAAAUCAGAUUUCUGCCCCUCUCCAUCUCCUCCUUGCACAAUUUCAGAUUCUUGUAUAUUUAUAGAUGUAGACUUUUAGAGCCUGAGUCUCUCCUCUCUUCCUUGCAAGCUUUGGACGAACUCGAGUUCCUUCAAUUUGAAUAUACUCCUCUGGAAUCAAUACCAGAUGAGUGCCUUCAGCACAAGAACAACCUUCGAUCUCUCCAUCUCUCUAACACAGAGACCAGAUCUCUUCCUUCCUCUUUUCCACAGCUGCACAACCUCCAACAACUCUCAAUAACAAGUUCCUCAUCUCUAACGGAAAUUCCAGACGCUUUCUUUGAGCGUUUGCCACGGCUUCGGGUUCUCAACUUAGCUCAUGAUGACAAUCUAAAAUCUCUACCACCUUCUCUCUCCAAACUGGUCAAUCUUAGGCAACUCAUAUUAACAGGAUGUUCUUCAUUGAAGAGUAAGUUGCUGCCUCAUUUGCGAAAGCUCUAUGCAGCACUUGAGGUGCUUGACAUAAGCUCUUGUAACUCCAUCGAAGACAUAGAAGAGGUUUCUUCUCUUGAGGCUGUUUUGCCAAACCUCCAAAAGCUUGAUCUGUCUAGAAUUAAGGUCAUUAAGCAAGUCAUCCUAAAAGGUUGCAGAAGCUUAGAAUCCUUAUGCUUGUCUGAGCUUACAAGACUUGAUGUGCUUGAUCUUUCAGGUACUCAACUCCAACAGUUGCCUGACGGUAUCAGCACAGCAUCUCAUCUAACGCGGCUGGACAUGCUCCACAUGAACCACAUUCACAAGAUCAACUGGGAUGACUUGCCUACUGAGCUGGAAGAGCUCAACUUUGACGACCAUGGAACCUUUAAUUCACCAAAGGAUGAUGAAAAUCCUAGUGAUGAAGGUGGGACACGCAUGAGGAUAAGUAAUUACAAUCUUUUACAGUCCUUAAAACCAUCCUCAGAAGUAUUGAGAGCAAAAUGCUUCUCUCGAUUCCAUAUCCGCAUCUCUCCUUACCAAGAAGAAGAAGAAGGAAGAAGAAGAGGUAAAGGUAUCCAUCUCCAGGGAAGGAAGUCCAUAUACGAGGGCAUUAAUUUGAAGACCCACAAAUGUAAUUUACCUCUUCCUUCAAGUCAUUUCGACAGGCAUCUGGAGAUACAAGGAAGUAAGAGAUGCACAAAUGCUAUUCAAGGGGUUCUCAGGCGUACAGAAUUACUCACUUUGUGUGACAAUGCCUUCAUCCGAGAUCUUGGGGAUGUUGAAAUGCAUGAAGUGAGAGAAUGUCUGGUCAAGAGCUGCGAGCAGAUGGAGAUAUUCUUUGGUGGAAAGAAUCAAUGUUUCGAAUGCUUGGAGAAAAUAUGGAUGUCUGAUCUUGCAAGCAUGAGGAGAGUGUGUGAUGGCAUGGGUAGGAUCAUAAGCUUCCCACUCCUGAAGCACAUAUAUCUGGAGCACUGUCCGAGACUUGUCAAUUUCGUCUCCUCAGGUGUAAGCUUAUCGAGCUUGGAAAAGCUUGAGAUCGGAUUCUGCAAUAGACUAGAGUCACUGUUUCAAGGGGAUGUGGUGGUGGACGGCUCUCUCCAACGGCUGCACACGGUGCAUCUGUGGGAGCUACCGAAGCUGGAGAGAAUUUGCAGCAGCAGGUAUUUGCCGGCAUUGAAGAAGCUAAAAGUGAGGGGAUGUGGGAAGCUGAAGGAGCUUCCGCUUCGAGCCGGCCCCUACAAUGCUAUCAGGGGUGGUGGUGGUGUUCAGGUGGGAGGUGAACUGGCAUGGUGGGAGAAUCUCAGAAUGGAUGGCUGUCGUAUUUUCAGAGAUAAGAGAGACCCACAGGCAUGGCUAGACGAGAUGUUUCCAUUGUCCGAGAAGGGAGGAGAGGCUAUGACAUUCGAAGGAGGGUCAGAGAAUUUCACCGCUGAUGUAGAACGUGCUGGGGAAAAGCUCUUGCAAUGCUUGAGGAAUCCAAAGAUCAGAGUCAUUCAUGUAAAGGGAUAUGACGGUGUUGGGAGAUGGAGGAUCGCGGAAUAUGCAGCUCGAAAAUUGAAGGGAUCAGAUGAUCUCUUCGAAUUUCAGAUAAUGGUAAAGCUACCGAAAAGGGAUUGGAGUCCUCGGAACGUGCAGAUGGAAAUUGUGCAACGCUUUGGGACAACGGAAGGUGUCGAAGGCAAGGAUGAUGACGAUAAAACGGAUGUACAGGAGGAAGUCUCGCUUAAAAUCUAUGAAUCACUGAUUGGAAGGAGGUUCUUACUAAUACUAGGAGAUGCCACCACCAACAUUGAUUUAGAUGCUGUGGGUGUUCCAAGUGGUAGAAAGGUACUCUCUUAUGACUCAAAGGUUGUAUACGUUAGCAGCAACAGCUGGUUGUAUUCGGAGAAGAGCAUUGAAUAUGAAGACUUAUCCAUAGAUGUGUUACGGGACGAGGCUGUCGCUGUCACUUCUUCUCCCACAAUCGCUGCCUGUUUCACUCCCCAUGCUGUCCUUGAAUGCUUCUUCUACCUCCUGUUAUUUUCAGUAAGUUUCUCAAGGGGUUUUAAAAUGAGUUUGCUGACAAGGUAUUGGAUUGCAGAGGGAAUUAUGGUUAUGAGAGAGGGAAUUGAAGAAGAAGAGGAUUUGACGACAUUGGAGAAGAAGGUGAAUGCUCUGCUUAUAGAGCUCGAGGAUCGUUCCAUGGUACAGGAAGUGGAUGCUGAUGUGAGGGUGCCCCGACGUUUAGCUGAAAAAGCUAUAGAACUGGUCAUGUCGAGUAACAGAAUAGCUUCAACUCAUGGCAAAUUCUGGAUCCAUAAUUCUUCCCUUCCGACAGAGAACAUUGGCGAGUGGGAAGACAUUCAAAGGAUGGCGAUAUGGUUUCUACAACCUAGUGAUGACCUCCCUCUUACUCUUAAAUUCCCCAAACUCUCCACUCUACUGCUCGAAGGACCCGGUAGUCGUCGUCCUACCCUUCCAAACAACUUCGUCUUCGAGCAAAUGCAAGGCCUUCGGGUCCUCAUCCUCUCUUUCUUUAAAAUCAGAUUUCUGCCCCUCUGCAUCUCCUCCUUGCACAAUUUCAGGUUCUUGUCUAUUCAUAGAUGUGAACUUUUAGAGCCCGAGUCUCUCCUCUCUUCCUUGCAAGCUUUGGACAAACUCGAGUUCCUUCAAUUUGAACGUACUCCUCUGAAAUCGAUACCAGAUGAGUGCCUUCAGCACAAGAACAACCUUCGAUCUCUCCAUCUCUCUAACACAGAGACCAGAUCUCUUCCUUCCUCUUUUCCACAGCUGCACAACCUCCAACAACUCUCAAUAACAACUUCCUCAUCUCUAACGGAAAUUCCAGACGCUUUCUUUGAGCGUUUGCCAUGGCUUCGGGUUCUCAACUUAGCUCAUGAUGACAAUCUAAAAUCUCUACCACCUUCUCUCUCCAAACUGGUCAAUCUUAGGCAACUCAUAUUAACAGGAUGUUCUUCCUUGAAGAUUAAGUUGCUGCCUCAUUUGCGAAGGUUCUCCAAACUUGAGGUGCUUGACCUCGACUCUUGUAACGCCAUCGAAGACAUAGAAGAGGUUUCUUCUUCUCCUGGGGCUGUCUUGCCAAACCUCCAAAAGCUUGCCCUGUCUCGUAUUACGGCCAUUAAGCAAGUCAUCCUAAAAGGUUGCAGAAGCUUAGAAUCCUUAUGCUUGUCUGAUCUUACAAGACUUGAUGUGCUUUAUAUUUCAGGCACUCAACUCCAACAGUUGCCUGAAGGUAUCAGCGCAGCAUCUCAUCUAAGGCGGCUGCACAUGCUCCACAUGAACCACAUUCGCAAGAUCAACUGGGAUGACUUGCCUACUGAGCUGGAAGAGCUCAACUUUGACGACCGUGGAACCUUUAAUUCACCAAAGGAUGAUGAAAAUCCUAGUGAUGAAGGUGGGGCACGCAUGAGGAUAAGUAAUUACAAGCUUUUACAGUCCUUAAAACCAUCCUCAAAAGUAUUGAGAGAAAAAUGCUUCUCUCGAUUCCAUAUCCGCAUCUCUCCUUGCCCAGGAGGAAGAGAAAAAGGCAGCCAUCUCCAGGGAAGGAAGUCCGUAUACAAGGAAAUCGAUUUGAAAACCCAAAUCUGUUAUUCACCUUGUCCUUCAGGCCAUUUCGAAAGGCAGUUGGAGAUACAAGGAGGUAAUAGGUGUCCAAAUGGUAUUCAUGGGGUUCUCGGUCGUACAGAAUUACUAACUCUGUGUGACAAUGCCUACAUCCGAAAAUUAUCAGAUCUUGGUGAUGCUGAUGAAAUGAAGGAAUUAAGAGAAUAUCUGGUCAUGAGGUGUGAACGGAUAGAGAUAUUCCUUGGUGAAAAGAAUCAAUGCUUUGAACGAUUGGAGAAGAUAUGGAUGUCUGAUCUUGCAAAUCUAAGGAGCGUGUGUGACGGCAUGGGUACGAUCAUAAGCUUCCCCCUCCUGAAGCACAUACGUCUGGACUGUUGUCCAAGACUCGUCAACUUCUCCUCCUCAGGUGUCAGCUUACCGUGCCUGGAAAAGCUCGAGAUCGGAUUCUGCAGUAGACUUGAGUCGGUGUUUCAAGGGGACACUGUGGUGGUGGACGACUCUCUCCAACGGCUGCACACGGUCCAUCUGUGGGAGCUACCGAAGCUUGAGAGAAUUUGCAGCGGCAGGUAUUUUCCAACGUUGAAGAAGCUGAGAGUGAGAGGAUGUAGGAAGCUGAAGGCGCUUCCGCUUCGAGCCGGCCCCCACAAUGCUAUUGGGGGUAGUGGUGGUGUUGAGGUGGGAGGUGAAUUGGGGUGGUGGGAGAAUCUCAGAUGGGAAGAUGAGAAUAUCAAAGGCCACAUCCACUUCAUAGAAUGGUACCCUCUUAAAAGGCACUGAACUGAAGGUUCUCUUUCCCCUCUCUGCUCCUCUUCGGUGGUGUGAUGGACGGUUUCGAUUGUGCUUCGUAUUUUCUUUUCUUUUUUUUCUUUGUUUUUUUCCUUUUUUUCUUGGCUUGGCUUUCCUUUGUUUUGCGUGUGAAUGCGUGUAUUGAGCUCAUCGACAGGGAUGAUGGUGUGAUUGAUUUGAUUGAAGUAGCUGUAUUCUUAUGCAGCUCCUACUCAUCCUAUUAGUCCAGAAUUUUAGUCUUGCAUUACAAAUAAAUACAACCUCGGCAUAGUUAAUGAGUGGGCCGCCCACAGAAACUGAUGAUCAGGCUAUUUUGCUCAAGUCCUCCUUGGUCCCUGCCUGUGCCAAGCAGUGGAUCCAGAUAGUUUCGACUCAUAUGUUGCUUUUCUCUCUUUCAUGUUCUUGUAAGUGCCUUAUACAUUGCCCUC